UUUGUGGAGAAUCGAUUUAUAUCGGCUACUCGACGCGUGUUAAAUCGUGCAAUAUGGACGUUCAAAAAAUUACAAAAACGUACACAUAUGAAUCACCCUCAAAGUGUAUUUACCCAAGCUAGAAAAUUCGCACUCUCCCUUGUCUAUAUCCCACUAGGAGUCGAUAGUAGUAGUAGUGUUGGCUGAUAAAUAGCAAACACACAGUGAGAGCCACGAGCGUUUAACGGGGGACACAUGGCUUGAGGAGGGUGGUACAUUGCCGGUGACAAAAGGAGAGACAUGACUUCUGUUUCGUGGGUUCAUUGUGUUUUCCCCCCUUCCGACGCAUAGAUUUCCCUAUGCAUUGCAUGUGUAUAGAUAUAAUAUGCUAUUUUAUCCGCUGGACCCAUGGUAGAGGGUCACCAUAGAUGUGCUUUACUGAUUUAUAGGUUAGUCGGUUUUUGGGACCCGAUCAGUUACGACAUAAUGUCCGCUUCGAUGUAUCAUGGUUGGGAUCAAAUGCUACAACGUCCUGUGGACGAUGCCGAAUCGCCAGUGGAUGCUAAAGGUAAGAGAUCACGACAGACCUAUUCCAAGUACCAAACGGCAGUACUCGAGACCGUAUUUCAAACCUCCAAGUAUAUAGUGCGGAGCAAACGUCAGCAGAUGUCAGCCGAGUUGAAUCUGACUGAACGACAAAUUAAGAUAUGGUUUCAGAAUAGGAGAAUGAAGGAUAAGAAAUCUCAUAAAGAUCAGCCACCGCAAACAGAUCUUACUGGAUACGUGGAUGGUUAUGGAAGUGAAACGUCUACCACGGGCUACCCACCACUAAAACACAUCGUGUCAGGAGACGCAUACACAGCCGAUUAUCCUGAAAUACAACCAGCUAAACACGAAGACCCUUAUUCGGGUACUUAUAGAGACUUUGAUCUAUUAGCACCAGCAUCUCACGACUCUUACGGGAUAGCCAAGCAUCAAUGGUCCCCGGUAGCUACUGCUCAAUUUCAUCAAAACUUUUAUAAUGAUACAAACAAUUUAUUAUUUUUCAGUUUAAUCAUUCGGAUUUCCAUAGACUUCCAACAAAUCAUCAUCACUCGUUUGAUUCUCCAGUGUCCGACUACUGUCCACCGCAGCUACAUGCGCAUGGCUAUUAACACUUGUACUCAAUGUAUAAAACACACAAAACUGUGCGGUGCUAAAAUAUCUAGUCAAUUUGUUCGCUAAUGAUAUUUGGGAUGUAUGAUGGUCGUUUGUCAUAUCCUGGAGAAAAUAUUUUGAGAUUUCAACAAUACCCUUUCACACGGACCACCCAGCGGACGUCGCUUUGAAGGCAUCACGAACAACAUCAAUGUACAUAACAUUUAACGUUUACACCGUAAGUGUAUUUUGCCGUUUUCUGGAAUAAUCAAAAUUAUUUUAUUUAUUGUAUUAAAACUUCAGAUGUUUAUAUAUUAUAUUAUUAUGCGUGAGUGUGUUUUGUAAUUUUAUAUGUAAUAAAAUGUUUUAUAAAUGAAUCA